GCCAAUGGAAGAGGCGCAGCCACGAGAACGACCCGUGAUCGAAAGGAGCUGCUGGGCAGGAUUGGAUGCGACGGCCCCUCAUGAGCUCUGGAUGCUGCAUUACCUGCUUUUUUUUUUGUUUUGUUUUCUCCAUCCCCUCCCAAAUGAAUAUUGUAUCCGCCGACCAGAAUUGCCUGGGUGCUCAUGUCCGGAGCUGUCUCUUUUCUCUCAUUGCUGCACCUUGCAUGCUGUACAGUACCGGUCUCAGCUCCGUCUUCGAGCCAGGGGGCUGCUGGACAGCCCGAAUGCCUGUCCUAUAAUGCAAGGAGGAACGAAGGAAUUUUGAUAACGUCCAAAAAAGCUCCUCUUUUUCCUCUCAUCUUCUUUUUAAAAGUAUGCACUAAAAAAUGCCUUGAGCAGGGCAGUAGCGAAUCUUUAAAUUACCAAUCCAUGCCCAUCACAUUAUGUAGAGUAUGGCCUUGUCACAGCGACUUGCUGAUUAACAAUCAGGAAAUCAGCUAGAAACAGAUCGUCUGAUCACACUGGGAGAGUGAUUGAACAUCGUUCAAACCUGAAGACCUGGCUGCAAUCGCAAAAGACGAAGCACCUCAAAAGGGCCCUUUUAGUUGAACGUGAAUGUUACCAACCCCCUGUUGACUGACUUGCCCUCAGCUUCGAACACCGAGCAAAUGCUACCAUCAACUGCUCC